AUGGGCAUCUUUCGCUCCUUAGAAUGCCAUGGCAGCUUUCAAGGUCCAGCCGAAUGCAAAGACGCCGGCGACCAUUGGCCCAAGUUGGGGCCAGGCAUGAGAGGAAUCACGCAAGCCACUCAGGCCACCGAGGCAUCCUGGAUUGGAGACACUUUUUGUCUCCAGCCACCGCUUUUUCCACGGCGCCACCAGCUUCACCAAUUAGCAUCCUUCCUCAAGGUACCUACUAGUUUUGAGGAUGAGGAUGAUGCCGCCAGCAAAGUGGCAGAUGACGAGGUUCCACGACCUCCAGACAGUCCGUUGAACAAUCUCGCGAAGUUUCGAACCAAGCAUGCGCGAACGCAGGAUGGAUACCUGUGUGCUGCAGCAGGAGUGAAAGAUGAGCAGGCCUUCACAGGUUGCACAGAUCUUCCUGCUCCAGAUGGUACGAACAUCGGGAGGUUUGCUUUGAGAAGUGGUGCUACAUCGAGCCUGCUCAAGUGGAAGCGGCGGGCAAAGAGUGGGGUUGGUGCCGUGCAUGGUCGGGCUGGCCAGACAUAG